AUGUCAGAGUUCAGUCACAGAAGAGCCAGGAGACCAACACGAGACAGCAUGGACUCAGUGUUAUUUGAGGAUGUGGCCAUGAACUUUACCCAGGAAGAGUGGGCUUUGCUGGAUUUUUCUCAGAGGAAACUCUACAAAGAUGUGAUGAUGGAAACCUUCAGGAACCUGGACUCAGUUUUUCAACAGGAUAAACAAAAAACCAAACCCACUGCCAUUGAGUCGAUUCUGACUGAGUUUGAAAAGGAUAAUAAUAGUCAAAAGUUGUCCAUGAAGAAUGACUCCUGGUCCUCCGUGAUAGGAGUAAUCUGUGAAUUCCAUAACACUGAAGAUCAGCACAACCAGGAAAAGUGUGUGAGAAGAUGUAUGGCAGAGAGCCCCCAUGAAAAUAAAGAAGGUAAUCAGUAUGGGAAAACUUUCAGCUGGAUUGCAAAUCUUACUGGGUUCAAAAGAAUUCCUGCUGAAGUAAAUUCUUCUGAAUGCGGUGAGUGUGGAAAAGCCUUCAUGGAUCGUACAUUUAAGCAUCACAUCAGCUCUCACAUUGGAUACAAACCUUAUCAGUGUAAAGAAUGUGGAGAAGUCUGCAGUUGUCCUUCUUACCUAAAACCUCGUGUAAGAACUCUUACUGGAGAGAAACCUUGUAAAUGUAAGAAUUCUACUAAACCCUGUAGUUGUGCCUCACAUCUUACUAAAUAUAUAAAAACUCAGUGUGGAAAGAGGUCUUAUAAAUGUAAGGAAUGUGGAAAAGCCUUUAUUCGUUCCUCACACCUCAAUGCACAUAAAAGAAUUCACAGUGGAGAGAGGCCUUUUGAAUGUAUGGAAUGUGGGAAAGCCUUUAUUCGUUCCUCACACCUCACUGAACAUAUAAGAAUUCACAGUGGAGAGAGGCCUUUUGAAUGUAUGGAAUGUGGGAAAGCCUUUAGCUCUUCCUCAUCACUCACUACACAUGUAAGAAUUCACAGUGGAGAGAGGCCUUUUGAAUGUAAGGAAUGUAGGAAAGCCUUCAGUAAUUCCUCAAACCUCACUAGACAUAUACGUUCUCACAGUGGAGAGAGGCCUUAUGAAUGUAAGGAAUGUGGAAAAGCCUUUAUUCGUUCCUCACACCUCACUGCACAUUUAAGAGUUCACAGUGGAGAGAGGCCUUUUGAAUGUAUGGAACGUGGAAAAGCCUUUAGUCGUUCCUCAUCAUUCACUACACAUAUAAAGACUCACAGUCACAAGAGGUCUUAUGAAUGUAAGGAAUGUGGGAAAGGGUUUAGUUCUUCCUCAAGCCUCAUUACACAUAUCAGGGCUCACAGUUCAGAGAGGCUUUAUGAAUGUAAGGAGUGUGGAAAAGCCUUUAAUUGUUCCUCAUCACUCACUACACAUAUAAGAAUUCACGGUGGAGAGAGGCCUUUUGAAUGUAUGGAAUGUGGGAAAGCCUUCAGUAAUUCCUCAAACCUCACUAGACAUAUACGUUCUCACAGUGGAGAGAGUCCCUAUGAAUGUAAGGAAUGUGGGAAAGCCUUUAGUCAUUCCUCAUACCUCACUGCACAUAUAAGGGUUCACAGUGGAGAGAGGCCUUAUAAAUGUAGGAAAUGUGGAAAAGCCUUUAAUCGUUCUUCAUCACUCACUGCACAUUUAAGAAAUCACAGUGGAGAGAGGGCCUAUGAAUGUAAGGAAUGUGGGAAAGCCUUUAGUCAUUCCUCACACCUCACUGCACAUAUCAGUGUUCACAGUGGAGAGAGGAGUUACUAAUGUAAGAAAUGUGGGAACAUCUUCACAUGUCCCUCAUCCUUUGCAACAGUAUACAUGUAUAGUGGGUACCAUCCAUCCUUUAUCUUUUCUGAAACCUGA